UAUAAAAUAAAAACGAAUACAAGUGUACAGUUAUUGUUAAUCCGUCCAAGCCUGAAACCUAGAGCUGAUCUCCCAAUAUCCUCAGUCGCAUCGACGCCAGUGACCAGAAUCCCAACAUAAAACCAUCUCUCACCACUUUACUGGAAUUAUGACUAGUGGUCAAGAACCAGUAAAUGAGCAAAUAGUUGCAAAUAUGUAUGCCUCUAUGAGAGGUGAACUAAAUCAAAUUUACUCGAAAAUUACUGAACUAGAGAUGGAGGCAAGCGAGCACUCAUUGGUUAUUAACGCUAUUCAGCCACUUGACCCAUCAAGGCGGUGCUAUAGGAUGAUUGGAGGUGUGUUGGUUGAGAGAACAAUCAAAGAGGUCCUUCCUGCUGUCCAGCGCAAUAAAGAGGGCAUAGAGGAGGUAAUUACUAGGCUUAAUGAGGCAUUGGAGAAGAAGAAGAAAGAAAUUGCCGAAUUUGAAGCUAAAUACAAAAUCAGGAUACGGAAGUCUGAUGAAGAUGUAAAGGAUGAUACUAACCGGAAGGAAGGUUCUGCUCAAGGAGUCCUUGUAGGCCCUGCAAGUUCAAAUGAAUGAUAGGUGCUUUGUUUUUAUUCUACCUUGAUUUUCUUGAACUUGCUAGAUAAAAUUGUGUUGGAUAUCUGUUAUGGUGUAUUUACCUAAUGUUAGUUAAUUGUGUUUCUGGUUGAUCUGGAUGUAGACUGUAACAAGUAUUGCUAAAUUUUAAUUAUGUUAAUCUUUUUCUGGUUCAA